AUGCAACUGCGAGAAGAUCUGCCCGACCUUCAAGAGACGUACUUCGGAUGGGUUGUUGCAGGAGAUAUCGAGGAACAGAAAAACGAAGAGCAAUGCUGCAUCGCCACCACUGCCUCACUUCCCGAGACCAUGAAGAGAUUUUGGGAGAUUGAAGAAAUCGAAGAUGCCGACGAACCCACGGAACAUGAGGCAUGUGAAAAGAGUUUUAUUGAAACUCACCAUCGAGAUAAGGACGGAAGAUACGUUGUCGCCCUGCCCUUCCGCGAGUUUCCACCCCAACUGAAAGACAACAGAGAGCUGGCCCUACGUCGCUUCGUUUCACUUGAACGACGAAUGAAAAAGGAUUCUUCCCUGAAGCUCCAGUAUACUAAGUUUAUUGACGACUACGAAACUCUCGGCCACUGUCAAGAAAUCAGAGAAGAAUUCGAUGAACCGAACAAACCCUGCUUCUACAUGCCUCACCAUGCGGUCCUACGGCCAUCUAGCUCCAGUACAAAGCUUCGUGUAGUCUUCGAUGCGUCGGCAAAGUCUUCUGCAUCCGACGUAGCUCUUAACCAAGCCCUCAUGGUGGGAGCAACAGUACAGAACGACAUCUUUGUCAUCCUCGUUCGAUUCCGGAAGCACUUCAUCGUAUUCACAGCUGAUAUAUCUAAGAUGUAUCGACAGAUUAAGGUCAUUCCUGCUCAUUCGUGCUUCCAACGCAUCUUUUGGCGUGCUGACUCAGCACUUCCUCUUCGUGUUCUUGAGUUGAAAACGGUCACAUAUGGAACAGCAUGCGCCCCAUUCCUUGCAACCAGAUGCCUGCUUCAGUUGAGCAACGAUGAAGCCAUCUCUUUCCCAAGGGCUGCUAAAAUCAUCCGUGAAGACUGUUACGUCGAUGAUAUCCUGUCUGGAGCAAGCACCGUACCAGAGGCCCUCGAGUGUCAGAGCCAGCUCCUUGGCAUCCUGAAAUCAGCUGGGUUCCCUGUCCACAAAUGGAGCUCUAAUUCACCUGAGCUGCUGCAACACAUUCCUGAACCUGAACGAGAAAAGCUAGUAAGUCUGAGCGACAGCUGCGAAGGAGUACUAAAAACGCUGGGAUUGACUUGGAGUCCACAGCGGGAUGAAUUUGCAUUCGUCACCAAUCAUCUCACCGACAAGCCGAAUUUGUUAACAAAACGAUCCGUCCUGUCCGAGAUAAGCAAACUGUUCGACCCGAUCGGCCUGCUUUCGCCAGUCAUCAUCAUCGCCAAACUCAUAAUGCAAAAGAUUUGGCUAGCGGGAAUCCCGUGGGACACCUACCUGGAAGGAGACCUGCUGCAGGAGUGGCUACAAUUUCGGACUUCCCUUCAAAACGUAAGCCGCAUCAGAAUUCCCAGGUGCGUCGUGAUGCCGAGUUACAUCGCUGUUGAAAUUCACGGAUUCUCGGAUGCAUCUAAAUUGGCCUACGGAGCAGCGUUGUAUCUUCGUUGUAUUCUUCCCGAUGGGACUGCAAGUCUUCGUUUGAUGUGCAGCAAAUCCAAGGUUGCUCCUGUGAAGCAAGUCACCAUCCCACGCAUGGAGCUGCUAGGAGCUUAUCUUCUAGCGAAGAUGAUUUCAAAGGUCUUAGGAACGUUUGACUUCAACAUCAGUAACGUCGUUCUCUGGUUAGACAGCCAGAUAGUCCUCGCUUGGAUUAAGAAACCACUUGCAUCCCUGCAAGUUUUUGUACGGAAUCGCAUCGAAAAAAUCCGUCAACUCACCGAAUCGCUGGAAGUACAAUGGAGGUACAUCUCGACGAAGGAGAACCCUGCAGACAUUGUAUCCCGAGGUAUGUUGCCGGAGGCAUUGCUUACAAAUGAUCUCUGGUGGUCAGGUCCCAAGUUCCUUCAGUGCGUCGAUUAUGACGUAGAGAUUCCAGAAGAGUUACCUGAUGAAGGUGUUCCAGAAUUAAGAGUGACACCCAUUAUUGCAACGCUUGUUAUGAACCAAAACAAGCUACCUGUAUUUUCGAAGUACAGUUCAUUUCGUAAACUCCAACGAGUGAUUGCCCUGGUUCAACGGUUCAUCCAUAACUGCCGAGAGAAGGACGUUUCAAAACGUAUCACCAGCCGUUGUCCUAUUAUUCCUGAACUUCGAAGCGCCCUGGAACUCAUCGUACAGGUUAUCCAACGCGAAACACUAACUGAUGAAAUUCAACGAGUGGAAAACAACGAGCCAUGUAAAAAGAUUUACGCCCUGCACCCGAUAAUCGUCAACGGCAUUUUGCGUGUCGGAGGAAGACUUCAGAAUUCCAACCUCUCACUAUCCAGUAAACAUCAAAUUCUACUUCCACGGCAUCUAAUUACGGACCUCAUCAUCCAAGCGUAUCACCAAGAACUUCUACACAUUGGACCAUCCGGGUUGUUGGCAGCCCUUCGUUUGAAAUUUUGGCUGAUUGACGGAAGAUCGUCAGUUCGAAAAAUAACCAGAUCCUGUGUUCGUUGCUUCCGGUCCAAGCCACGAAGUUCCAGUCAAUUAAUGGGAAAUCUGCCUUCAUGCCGAGUUACUCAAGCACAUCCGUUCGAGAAGACUGGAGUUGACUACGCUGGUCCGGUUCAAGUAAAGGAGGGUCGGUAUAAACCUCGCCUGGUGAAGGCAUACAUUGCCGUGUUCGUGUGCAUGGCAACGAAAGCGAUACAUCUAGAAUUGGUUUCGGACUUGUCAAGCGAAGCCUUUCUUGCGGCGUUUCACCGAUUCACCAGUCGACGAGGAUUGAGCAAGGAGAUUUUUUCGGACAAUGGAUGCAACUUCAAGGGAGCUAACUCGGAGCUACAUGAGCUGUACCAAUUAUUUCGGAAACGAGAAACCGUCGAGCAAAUCGAGGAAUACUGCCAGCCAAAGGAAAUCUUGUGGCAUUUCAUCCCACCCGAAGCACCAAAUUUUGGAGGUCUGUGGGAGGCCGCUGUCAAGAGCACCAAGUAUCAUCUCAAGCGAACGCUAAAGGACUCGAAACUAACCUUCGAAGAGUAUGCGAUGGUGCUAACCCAGAUUGAGGCGAUCCUAAAUUCUCGACCGCUUUUCGCAAUAUCCUCUGAUCCCUCCGAUCCUGAAGUCAUCACUCCAGGUCACUUUCUGGUGGGUCGUCCUCUGAUUGCUACACCGGAGCCAAGCUACGAUAAUAUACCGAUGAAUCGAUUAUCUCGGUGGCAAUACCUGCAGCAACUACGAGAGAAAUUCUGGAACCAAUGGAGGAAAGACUAUUUGCAGAGCCUGCAACCGCGCAGUAAGAAUCAACGGACACAUCCUAACAUCCGCCCUGGAAUGAUUGUACUGGUUGAAGAAAGAGAUUUACCAUCGCAGACUUGGAAAAUGGGCAGAAUCAUCAACACCUACCCGGGAUCUGACAAUCUGGUGCGAGCAGUGGACGUAAAAAUCGGAAGAACGAUUUAUCGUCGAGCAGUUUCCCGAAUCUCCAUCCUACCAAUCGAAGACAACCGCAAACAGGAUUGCAGUGCUUCAACGGAUUCUUCCCAGCCCGGGGGAGCAUGUUCGCUACCGUAG